UUCCUGACACCUCUCGCGAUACUUGGCUACAGACGUGGACUCUUGGAAAAAUCUCGGAGGGUAGUGGCAGGUUGAAAGGGGCUGACAUCACAGGAAAACCUUAAUAUGAGUGAUGAUAAGCCUUUUCAAUGCACUGCUCCUGGCUGUGGACAGAGAUUUACAAAUGAAGACCACUUGGCUGUCCACAAGCACAAACAUGAGAUGACCCUCAAAUUUGGUCCAGCCAGGACCGACAGCGUUAUUAUUGCUGACCAAACACCCACACCUACACGCUUUUUGAAGAACUGCGAGGAGGUGGGACUCUUCAAUGAACUCACAAGUCCUUUCGAUCACGACUUCAAAAAAGGCUCUGAAGAUGACAUUAAAAAGUUACCGCUGGAUUUGUCACCGCUCACCACUCCGGUCAUACGCAACAAAAGUGAAGAGCCCGCCGUCCUGGAGGCCCAUCGAGGCAGCCCUCUGCCUCACCCGGAAUCGACGACUGACGACGACAAGGACUUAUGUUUGCAGCCAGCCUCAGUGCCAACAUCCGCUAUAGUCCAUCCGGCAUCCCUCCAAGUUCCCAAUGUACUCCUAGCAAGCUCAGAGGCUAAUGUCGUUAUACAGCAAGCGCUCCCAUCGCCAACAUCUAGCUCUGUUAUUACCCAGGUCCCGUCCACUAGUAGGCCUCUAGUGCCAGUGUCUGGCACCUUUCCAGUGCUCUUACAGCUGCCUAACGGCCAGACAAUGCCAGUCGCCAUUCCAGCUGCCAUUACCAGUUCCAGUGUACAUAUUCCCACUACCAUCCCACUUGUCAGACCCAUCACCGUCGUGCCUAACGUCCCCGGCAUCCCCGGACCCCCCUCGCCACAACCACAGCCCGCCCAGUCAGAGGCAAAACUGAAACCAAAAGGAUCGCUGAGCCAGCAGCUCUCUCCGCUAACCAACGGUGACGGCGGGGAAGUCCAGAGCAGCGCCAUAACGCACACCAUUGCUCCCGUUUCUCCAGCCUCGAUCCCCACUCCGUCCACGUCCCUCGGACUGACCUCUAACCUUUCACCCGCCAGUGAGGAACCCUCCGCACAUUCCCUUCAGCAGCCAGCCACCUCCACUACAGAGACACCCGCUUCCCCGGCGACCCCUGCGCCAAACCCUCCGAGCGCCGGAGGUCGGCGGCGCAGAGCCACCAGUGACGACCCCGAUGAGAAGCGGCGCAAGUUCCUGGAGCGCAACAGGGCUGCUGCCUCACGCUGCAGACAAAAGAGGAAAGUGUGGGUGCAGUCCUUGGAGAAGAAAGCCGACAACCUCAACUCAAUCAACGGGCAACUUCAGAGUGAAGUCACCCUGCUGAGAAGCGAAGUGGCUCAGCUGAAGCAGCUCCUCCUGGCUCAUAAAGAUUGUCCUGUGACGGCCAUGCAGAAAAAGUCCGGCUAUCACAUCGCCGACAAAGACGAGAGCUGCGAGGAGAUGUCGGUCCCCAGCAGCCCUCAGAGCGAGGCCAUCCAGCACAGCUCCGUCAGCACCUCCAACGGGGUCAGCUCCUCUUCCUCCUCGGCGCCCGCCACAUCCAACCAGAGCACAGACGAGAGCCAGCCAAUGAGCGGCACCACCCAGUCUCGGCCUUCGGGGAGCUGAUCGGCCCCAUCCGAUGCCUCUGGACCAUAGUCUUAUUUAUUUAUCGAUUGAUUUAUUUGAUUCAUUCUUUUUAGGCAAUAGUGACGCGAUGGAGACAAAAGGCACUUUAGGUGUAUUUUAAGGCUUUUAUAACUUAAUUUAUUCAAUUUAAGGUUUCUUUAACAGUUCAUGCCAGAAGUAAGGGAUGGGCUUCAUCCAUUAAUUAUUAUGCAGCACAUGGUCUUGGCACAUUUAUUUAUUAUAUUUAUUUUAUUGACAAAGCACUAUUUGACGUUUUUAUUAUUAUUUGAUCAUUUGCUUUCAGUAUUUUGCACAUUUAGAGAAACAACGGGUUUACCUUUUUUCAGACAGUGGCAGCUUUUGUCACACACACGCACACACUUGUAAAUGGCUGAAUCCGAUGUUCCCAUUGGACUACUUUUUAAAUUCUGUGUGUUGGUGGGAUCCGCUGUCAUCAGUCGUAUUGUGCCGUUUGAAUGUUUCCGCGUAGCCUCUGGCCGCUCCAUUAACCGGAGGAAGCCUGUUCGUUGUUUCAGCAACAUUCCGCCUGUAGUUGAUUGUUUUCUGUGAUUGGAGGUUGGGUUGUCAUGGCGAUGAGCGCCAUUCAUAUUUUUUGUAGAAAAUGGUUCGCUGACAUUAAAGGAGAAAUGCUUGCUUUUGCUAUUGAAAUGGAUGUAAAUAGCUUCAUGCAGCUCACGUGACUGAUUGCUCCUUUUUAAUGGAAUCAAGAGGACAACAACAUCAUUGGUACAUUUGUAUCAUUAAAUGUUUUGGUGUGUUGUACUUCCUAGUUGUUCAGUUUUUCUAUAGCUGAGCUGUUUUGAACUGCUCAGAUUGCUUUUAGGAAUUUUCAUUAAGAUGAGCAGUAAGAAAAUAAGUCCCACCGUGAUGUUCAAUUUUAUUCUGUACUGGCUUACUACUGUGUAGUCAUCAAGGAGAUUUAAUUCAACUUUUUUUUAAAGAAAUCUUUUGUGCUCUCUGCAUGACAUAAUGAUUCUCUGCGAGAAUUCAACAAUGUUUCAGUCCGAUUACUCAGCAAGCAGCGUCGUUUUAGUUGAACUGCUAAACCAGGGUGUGAUCGUGUGUUCAGUGUGUACUUGUGACUUGUGAACGUUCUUAAUGAAAUUUUAAUUGAUAACUUGUUGUAAUAAACCUUUUAAUAGCUAUUUAAAA